AUGGCGUUCGUGUGGAUUGAGAUUCGCCAAGCCGCUUACCCGAUUGGGCGACUCGCCGCCAGCACGUCAACCUCGACGCCUUUGCUCUACAUCUACGACGGGAUACAGGUUGCUAAAGUAGAGCGUCGAGAUGGCCAAUUCCCGUCGCGGACCCUUCGCACCUCUCACGCCGACGCCCUCGCCAACCAGCUCUCCGUAUUCCAGGCCGCCCUGCACAACUUCUCGCUCACGCACGCAAAGGACAUUCGCAGCAAUCCUACGUUCCGAGCAGAGUUCGCUCGCAUGUGCAAUGCUAUUGGCGUGGAUCCAUUAGCGGGUAGCAAUGUCAAGGGCGCGGCUGGCGCGGGCGGGAAGAGUGUGUGGGCGAAGAUGCUGGGGAGUAGUGUCAAUGACUUCUACUUUGAGCUGGCGGUGCGGGUGGUAGAGGUGUGUAGAGAGACGAGGAACGAGAACGGAGGCAUGAUUGCGCUGUCCGACGUGAAGAAGAGGAUCGAGAAGGGCAGAGGCUUGGUCGGUGGCGGCAUGGAGGUCACGGAGGAUGAUAUUGAACGUGCGUUGGAGUCGCUGGAGCCGCUUGGAGGCAUGUUCAAGACUACGAUGUUGGGUUCUAACAAGUACAUUCGAUCUGUGCCCAAGGAGCUGAACCCUGACCAGGCGACGGUGCUUGAGGUCAUUCAAGUGCUGGGUUACGUGACUGUGUCUAUGCUGCGGGACAAUCUAGGCUGGGAGCGGGCGAGAGCUAUUGCAAUCAUGGAGGACCUCGUUGCGGACAGCUUGGUCUGGGUUGACUUUCAAGCUGAAGAAACAGAGUACUGGUCUCCUGCCUGGCUGAAUGGAGGCGGGUGA